UAAUUUAUAUUUACAUUUAAAAAUAUUAAUUUAAUUAUUUGUUUCUUUAUUAAUUACCGAAUUUAUGAAAACUUUAAAAGUAAAUAAAUUUGUUUGGAUAAAUUAAUAAAUAAAUAAAAUAAAAUCAUGAAGACUUUGAUAGACUUUGAUGAAUGUCUUCGAGAUACUCCAAAAUUUCGAUCAUGCAUCGAAACUGUCGAAGGAAAUAUAGAUCAGCUGGAGCAAAAAUUAGACAAGGUAUUAAAAUAUUGUAAUUUAAUGAUUGAUGCUGGAAAAACAUUCGUCGGACAACAGAACCAGUUCACUAGCAGCCUGUGGGAAUUAUCUCAAUACUUUACCGAUGAUGAAAAAGUAAUGAGUUUUUUAAAUAAAUUAAUCCAGGCAUUGCAAGAAAUGAAUAAAUUCCACACAAUACUGUUGGAUCAAGCAUCGAGAACAGUUGUUAGAGACCUCAGUGCUUUUAUAAAAAGUGACGUCAAAAAAGCCAAAGAAUCCCGUCACUACUUCGAGAAAAUCUCCAACGACCUGGACAUCGCUUUAAACCGCAACUCCCAAGUCCCCAAAACCCGGCCAUCUGAGUCCGAAGAAGCCUCAAAUAUCCUCUCAGCUACCCGAUCAUGUUUCCGCCACACCGCUUUAGACUACGUCCACUCCCUAACAAUGUUACAAUCCCGCCGACGUCACGAAAUCCUCGGCUCCUUACUCAACUACAUGCACGCGUGCUUCACCUACUACCACCAAGGCUCAGACCUAGCCCAGGACUUAGAUUCCUUUUUAAAGGACCUAAGCGAGGACUUGAUAACAAUGCGCCAGGAAUCUUCAAAGCUAGAAAAAGAAAUGGAGAACCGCCACGUGUAUGUAACCAGCCGUGAUUUGGUUCCUUCAAUUACCGAAGGUCCAAAUAAGAAACGAAUGGAAGGAUAUUUAUUCAAGCGGACCAGCAACGCCUUCAAGACCUGGAACCGCAGGUGGUUCUGCUUAAAAGACCACCAAUUAGUCUACAAAAAACGAACUGGAGAUGAUGAGUACACAGUAAUGGAAGAAGACUUGCGUCUCUGUACAGUAAAGUCAAUCGUAGAUUGCGAGCGACGUAAUUGCUUUGAAGUCUUGAGUCCCACUAAGAGUCAUAUUCUUCAGGCUGAUAGUGAAGAGAUGUACCUUGCUUGGGUAACAGCGAUGCAGCAGGCUAUUGGCGCUGCAAUUCAACGAGGCACUAGUUCUUAUACACUGUCUCCAAUUAAGACGUUGGAGUUCCAAAGGAACAAUUCAAGAGGACCUAUUAGACCAGGUCCUAAAUUAAAAACCAGAGUUUGGGAGCAAUUAUUGAAGAUUCCAGGGAAUGACACUUGCUGUGACUGCGGGAGUUUAAAUCCUAAGUGGGCUAGCAUCAACCUGGGCAUCACUUUGUGCAUAGAGUGCUCUGGGAUCCAUCGGAGCCUCGGUGUUCACUAUAGUAAAGUCAGGUCAUUGACCUUAGAUGACUGGGAGCCGGAGAUUUUGAAGGUAAUGGCUGAAUUAGGGAACAAUGUUGUUAAUAAUGUCUACGAAGCGGUGAAGAUUGAUCAGGAAGUUACUAAAGCGACUCCUAAGUGUAUUAACAGCAUCCGCGAAGCUUGGAUCAAAGCUAAAUAUGUUGAUAAGAAGUUUGUUAAGCCUUUUGAUAAUUCUGUAGUUCCUGCGAGUGGCCAGAGGGAUAUUAUGCGCUUCAGGAAGUGGAGUGUUAGGAAACUUAGGAGAAGGCCGAGGAGUCAUAGGAAGAUUGGGAAGAAUAAAGAAGGGAUUAAUGAAGUUGAUGAUGAAGUUUGCGAGGAUGAGGAUAGUUCUGUUAGCUCUGAUGAUAAGGAACAAAAGAACUCUUUGGUGGAGGGCAAGGAAGUGGGGAUAGAGGGGGAUAAAGAGGAGGUUGAUAAAAAGGAGGAUAAAGAGGAUGUUUUGAUGUUUGGGUGUGAUUUACCCAAACCAUUUAUUGAAAGUAACCUUGAGCUUAGCUCGGAUCAGGAUUCUACUGCGGGAGAGGAAGAGGAGUUUGCGGAGGAGGAGGAUAUUGAAAAUUUAUACCCUGAUAUGUUGCUGUAUAAAGCUGCGGAGGCACAUAACCUGCCGGUUAUGUGCACUGCUUUGGCUGCUGGGGCUGAUAAAAUGUGGUGCAAUGUUAAUGACAGGGGACGUACUGCACUUCAUCAGGCGAUUAUUAGUGGGUCUGUGAUGUCGUGUGAAUAUUUGAUUUUAAAUGGUGCUAAAAUCAAUUGUCAAGAUGCUGAAGGUAAAACUCCGCUGUAUUUGGCUACUGAAUUAGGUCACACAGCGCAAGUGUGUUUACUAUUGAAACACCGCGCAGAUCAGCACAUCGAAGACGAAAGUGGAGUGAAACCAUUGUCAAUAGCUGUAAAAGAAGCUAACGCAGAUAUUGUUACUCUGUUAAGACUAGGAUUAUUGAACGAAGAGAUGAAAGACUCUGAAAUAGGUAUUACCGGGGACGAAACGUUCAAUGAUGUAGUUCGCGACUUUAGUCAAUUGGCUUGUUCUCAUCCCGAACGCUUACAUCGUCGCAAUGAAGGAAGUAAUGUACAAAAUACGCCUGAAUAAUUAUAUAAAGUUUUCUUUUAUGUAUUUAUUCCAUUCCACA